AUGUCCCCCACGGUCCGCGCCCCAGACGCGUCGCGUCAAAUAUCGGAGGCCAAGGAAGAAGUAGUACUCUCCUCGCCGGACCGACGCCCCCUCGACCAUCACGACAAUGGCUCUUCCCCCAACGGCCAAAGCAGAAAGCGCAGUCACGAUGCUUAUGCGAUGGAAGAUUUGCUCAAACCAUCCAUUAUUGUCAGACCACAUCCGUCGAAGCUCUCUACCAAGCCCCGCAGUCUGCAGCCGUUGAUGCUUUUACCACGCGAGCACUUGUCUCUCUCGUGCCUAGACCUUGCAGCACCUUGUGGGGACUUCGAGCACGCACAUCAAUAUGAAUCUACUAUCAAGAUCUUGGAUCUUGAGAGCCGCCUCGGGAGCCGCCCCGUAGUACUCAUCGCUCGCAUGGAGACGAAUAAGACGGCAUACGUAUUAGAGCGUCAAGAUGGCGGCCUUUACUCUCUGUGCCAGCUGGGCAACUGGGUUGAUCUCGAGAAGCUAAGCGCUCAUGCAACGGUCGCUUAUGCGAAACUCCUAAAAUCCCGAUCCAUCCCCGUGGGCACAUCUCGUCCUGAGGCAUCAACAACUCCUCAGCUACAUCACGAGAACGAGAAACGAAGGCUAGCGAUGGAGGCCAUUCAGUCACUCGUGAAGAGACCCUCAAGGUCACUCUCUGUUUCAUUACCACCACAGUCACUGAAUGUCAUCCAUGAAUCAGCCUUGCCCAAGGCAGAGCCCGCCGCCCAGACUGCUGCAUCUUCCGGGGGUCUGCAAAGUUUGGCUGAUACAGGAGUACCGGAGCAGAGCAAUAAUCCACCAACCUCGUCAGCACCGGACGAUGGUCCAGCAGUACAAACUGCGCAAAGCAUUUUUGAAAACAUUCGUCUCCAGUAUUUCGAGGCACUAUAUCAUUCCAUGGGGUCGUUAGCAUAUUUCGCAAAAGGUCCAUUGUCCCGAGCACGAGCAGCUUUUCGUCCAGACAGUGACUCUAACCUGGACAUGAACGAGCUCAUUGACUUUCUCAAAAGUCUUAUCCUAACUACAAUCCAAAUUGAUAAGAAAUACCGGGAAACAAUUCCCGGUAUUCUUACUCAAAUGAAGACCCACAUCCCAGACUCGGAAGACGAGCAAGGAUCCAAAACCAAGAAACGAAAGUCCAAGAAGAUGAAGCUGGGAAAAGACAUUUUGUACCCGAAUGAGGACGAUAAUGUACGGAGAUGGUGGGAUGCUCGUAAACCGCAGCAGAGGGACGACGAUUCGAGCCCGCAGGAGGUACCGCAAGAGACAAAGCUGCAGAUCUCGCGCCUUCGAUCAAGAGAGACGCAAUUGCAGAUGAUUCUAAUCCUAGAAAUCUUGGCGCUAGAACCUAUGCGCGUUGCUGCGAAUGAAGAUUCGCAACUCCACAGUCUAGCUACAGAGGCCUCUUUCUCCGACUCGUUCAAGGACUCGAUUCCAAAGAAGCGGAACAAACAUAACUUUCCCAUCCUUUUGGAUGUCCAUGCCGAUCGUCUCAGCAUAUGGCAGUCUACGUCACUUGACGAGAUCAAGGUCAUGGAUGAAUCCCAGUCUGGUGGACCGAAUGCAGCACAGAACCCAGGAUCACACACGGACCCCCUGAAGGAUUUCUGCAUUGAGAUCAUUGUGCCAUUCUUUUCCGCUCGUCUGCCGGAGCAUUGUGACUCCCUCAAUCGAAAAUUAGGCGGACCACUCAUGCCAUCUCCCCCCAAACCGAAGCCCAAAAGGGCCGAGGAUAUAGCCAAACCCAAAGCGAAACCAGGCACAGUGACUAAACGCCCAACGACAACAAAGACUACUCGCACGCUGGAUCGUGUCCUGUCUAAAGAAUCGGAACGCAACCGCCGCAGUAUGUCGCGCGGACCAGGUAGUAUGAUUGCGUUGAUGCGGUCUGCUACAACACCUGUGCCCAUGUUGAAGCGAGAAUCCAGUGACACGGUUUCAUUGGCCAGUCUACCAGCCAGGAGGGACUCGCAAGAUAUGAGCGCCAGUCGGUCUCAGGCUUCCGGCUCGUCGGCAGCGGCCAGUAGGCGCCCAAACCCGGAGGAGAAGGCCAAGAAGCAAGCCGAGAUCGAUGCCGAAUUGAAAGCUGCGAUUUCGAGUUUGAGAAAACCGAACAGAGAAGUUGUUGUUGGGAAAGCUAUGGCUGAGGCUGAGGAGAGGAAAGCAAGCACGAGUCUGUCACAGUUGCGGAAAUCCAGGAAACCGACAGAACAUGGCGGCAUCCACAACAUAGUCAAGGCUACACCAGCUGGACCACGCUUCCGGAAUGCACUCGCACGGGAUGAUUGGUCCCAAACCACAUCCGCAAAACUACAUGAGUCGGUGGAAGUUGACCAGCUUGUUUCAUCGAGUUCUCGACGGAUACCGUCUUCGACGACAAAGAAGCGAAACAAUGAUCAGGUCUUGGUGGAAGCAUCGUCGCCAGCACUGCCGCCCCCUAGGGCACCGGCAGAUCUCAUAGACGCAACGCCGCUCAAACGCCCGACUAUCAAACGGAGUUUUCUCUCCGCGCCCGAACCAGAUGAGGGUCUGGUCCUUGCAUCUUCUCCUAUUGCGUCCCGCAAGUAUCCACCUGCUCCUAGCAGCUAUUUGAAGCAUCGCGAUAGCGGCAUAGGCAUGCCUUCUUCGCCAGGGGAUAGACUCGCUGAAACACCAGUCAAAAGGCCACGACUUGGACAGACGGGUUCCCUGGAGGGAUUUGUGACUGUCACUCCUGCUAAAAGCCGAGGUGUGGCCAGUGACGUUGCUGUCACAUCAGCUCCUAAAUUGCAACUAGAUAAGCCAUCGACAACACGGACUAUGUCCUUGUACGAGAGACUUGGUUGGGACGACGAUUUUGAUGAUCUCAUUUGA